AGUUUUAACCCGUUGAUAUGGCCCCGAAAAGUAUUCUCAUCACCGGUGCAAACCGCGGAAUUGGACUCGGUCUUUUGAAGCAAUUUAUCAAAAAUAAGGAUGUCCAAAUUAUUAUCGGCACGUGCAGAGAUCCAUCAAACGCUACAGAGCUGAACAGCAUCAAAGAUACUCGCGUUCACAUUUUACAAUUGGACAUCGAUUGCGACGACUCAAUCAGAAAGUUGGGAGCCGAGGUGGAAAAACUAGUCGGUGAGGAUGGGCUUACUGUUCUGAUCAACAAUGCUGGAAUUUUCGUCCCUUAUGAUAUUGAUGGAGAAAAAAGCCGAUCGACAUUGAUUCGUCAGCUCGAGACAAAUACAAUCUCAACUGUCCUUAUUACUCAAGAAUUACUUCCAUUGCUCAAAAGAGCUGCUGCCAAAAAUAGAGGAGAAGGGUACUCCAUCAAUAGAUCUGCAAUUAUCAACAUCUCCUCGACAGCUGGUUCAAUUACAAAAAUUGAUGCAUCAUACAACAUACCAUUGGUUGCUUAUCGCAUGAGCAAAUCGGCUCUUAACUCCUUUGGCAAGUCGUGUUCGGUGGAUCUUGCCAAGUAUCAUAUUUUGGUUACUACGUUCUGCCCAGGAUGGGUGAAGACAGAUAUGGGAGGUGCAAACGGGAAACUUGAAAUAGAUGAUGCUACCAAGACCCUCUCCGACAACAUUCUCAUCCUUGGUGACGCCCAUCAUGGUGCUUACCUUAAUGCGGACCUCACUGUUAUUCCAAACUAAAAAGCAUGAUUGAAAUCAAUAAUUAUUUUUAUACCUUUUUUACUUUUUGAAUGAACACUUCAAACAUCUUU